UUUGCGCCUGUCGUCGGUCUGGGUCUGGGGGCGCCCAGCGCCUCGGUGCUGGACCUGGAGCUGCCCGCGACCACCGAACCCUUGGGCUCGAUCCUGGCCCUGCGUAGUAGCCCUGCACUGCCGCCAGCGAAGGCGAACGGGACCUCAAAACAGCAUACCCAGAUUCGAGUCAUCAGGAAGAAAAAGGUCAUUCUGAAGAAGCGGAAGAAACUGGCUAGUCCCAGUUCCCCAGGGACUGCCAAGCCUUUGGUGACCACCAGCCCAACAGGAACCCUCAACCUCCUUGAGAAACAGGAACCAGGCUGUCCCCCUUUGGGCCUGGAAUCCCUCCGAGUUUCAGAUAGCCAGCUUGAGGCAUCCAGCAGCCAGUCUUUUGGUCUUGGACCACACCGAGGACGGCUCAACAUCCAGUCAGGCCUGGAGGAUGGUGAUCUGUAUGAUGGGGCCUGGUGUGCCGAGCAGCAGGACACUGAGCCGUGGCUUCAGGUGGACGCUAGGAAACCUACCCGCUUCUCAGGCAUUGUCACACAGGGCAGGAACUCUGUCUGGAGAUAUGACUGGGUCACAUCAUACAAGGUCCAGUUCAGCAAUGACAGUCAGAACUGGUGGAGGAGUCGAAAUUACAGCAGUGGGAUGGAUGCGGUAUUUCCUGCCAAUUCUGACCCAGAAACCCCAGUGCUGAACCUCCUGCCGGAGCCCCAGGUAGCCCGCUUCAUUCGUCUGCUGCCCCAGACCUGGCUCCAGGAAGGCUCACCUUGCCUCCGAGCAGAGAUCCUGGGCUGCUCUGUCUCAGAUCCUAAUGACCUACUCCCUGAGGCCCAGGCACCAGGGUCCUCUGACCCUCUGGACUUCCGGCAUCACAAUUACAAGGCCAUGAGGAAGCUGAUGAAGCAGGUGAAUGAGCAGUGUCCCAACAUCACCCGAAUCUACAGCAUUGGGAAGAGCUACCAGGGCCUGAAACUAUACGUGAUGGAAAUGUCUGACCUUCCUGGGGAGCAUGAGCUGGGGGAGCCCGAGCUACGUUAUGUGGCUGGCAUGCAUGGGAAUGAGGCCCUGGGGCGCGAGUUGGUUCUGCUCCUGAUGCAGUUCUUGUGCCGGGAGUACCUGAGAGGGGACCCACGAGUGACCCGGCUGCUCAAUGAGAUGCGCAUCCACCUGUUGCCCUCCAUGAACCCUGAUGGCUAUGAGAUUGCCUAUCGCCGGGGCUCAGAGCUGGUGGGCUGGGCAGAGGGUCGCUGGACCCACCAGAGCAUUGACCUUAACCACAAUUUUGCUGAUCUCAACACACCACUGUGGGAUGCAGAGGACGAUGGGCUAGUGCCCCAUACAGUCCCCAACCAUCACCUGCCACUGCCUACUUAUUACACCCUGCCCAAUGCAACUGUGGCUCCUGAAACGUGGGCAGUGAUCAAUUGGAUGAAGCGAAUCCCCUUUGUGCUGAGUGCCAACCUUCAUGGGGGUGAGCUGGUGGUGUCUUACCCGUACGACAUGACUCGGACCCCGUGGGCUGCUCGCGAACUCACGCCUACACCAGAUGAUGCAGUCUUCCGGUGGCUCAGCACAGUCUACGCUGGCACUAAUCGGGCGAUGCAAGACCCAGAUCGCCGGCCCUGCCACAGCCAGGACUUCUCCUUGCAUAACAACAUCAUCAACGGGGCCGACUGGCACACAGUCCCUGGGAGCAUGAAUGACUUCAGUUAUCUGCAUACUAACUGCUUUGAGGUCACUGUGGAGCUGUCCUGUGACAAGUUCCCUCAUGAGAGUGAGCUGCCCCAGGAGUGGGAGAACAACAAAGAUGCCCUCCUUACAUACCUGGAACAGGUUCGCAUGGGCAUUGCAGGAGUUGUGCGCGACAAGGACACAGAGGAGGGGAUUGCUGAUGCUGUCAUUGUUGUGGAUGGGAUUAACCACGAUGUUACAACAGCGUGGGGUGGGGAUUACUGGCGGCUCCUGACCCCAGGGGAUUAUAUGGUGACUGCCAGUGCUGAAGGCUACCAUGCAGUGACACGUAGCUGCCGGGUCACCUUUGAAGAGGGUCCGACCCCCUGCAAUUUCUUGCUCACCAAGACUCCCAAACAGAGACUGAGAGAGCUGCUGGCAGCAGGGGCCAAGUUGCCCCCAGACCUUCGGAGGCGGCUGGAGCGGCUGAGAGGUCAGAAGGAUUAAUGUCCAGCUGAAGAGAGGAAGAGCCUUGGGCAGGCUGGACCUGUCUAGAACUAAAGGGGAAGAAUGGGGAGGGAGGGACACUGUGGAGGAGCAGAUGUUCUGGCUUAUUAAAGCUACCUGCCAUCUUCCUUGUUCUCCCUGUUGUUUGUGGCCCAGGUCCUCGCCAGGGCAGGCCUCAGCCCACCUCUCCAUUCCUGUUCUGCCCACAUCUGCAUGCUCCUGACUCUGGAGACACUGUGUGGAAAGAGGACCCCGCCUGGACUCUGAACUCAGAGCUCACAGAGAAACUCAUUUCUACCUGUGAACUUCUGCCACAGGUGCCAUUAUGUUCUGUGAGCAUCUGCCUAGUGCCAAGCAAGUGAGGAGUCGAGGGUUAACGGUGCCCACACCUGCCCUCCUGGGCUUCCUGGGUUAAGUGUGAGGCUUUCAGAGGUGGAGGCAGGUUGCUGUGGAAAUCUAGAUGUGGGAAAGGUGGCACUGAAGAUCUGCAGGGAUUCAGUCGAGGAUGCAACGGAGAUGAUGGUUCUAGGAGUUCGGAUGGAAGGUGGGCUGGAUGUGGGGUUAUGGACAGAGCCCAACCCAAGGAGGAGGGAGCCAAGCAGAUCAGCUGAGACUGUUUGGAUCUGUUUAAUCGGCCAUUCUCAGAGUGUUGAUAAGCAACAGGCUUUGAUUAGUUUCUUUCAGACUUGAGGGAUUAUGUAUGAGUGUCUUGCUAGGAAAACCACCCAUUCUAAGGAUUUCAAGCAUAGAAAAAAUUAAUGCUAGAUACUGGAAAUGAAGGUCUUAGAAAAGUCAAGUAAGAAAAAGGGAGAAGGGAAUUUCACUCCGAAAGCAGGAAGCUGAUAACACUCCUGGGCUGGUGCUGCUAAGCUUGUAUUUGCUUACGGUGGUACUGGAGCUCACAAUCAACAUGGUCACCUGUUGCCACCCGAGAUCACUUAUGGUCACCUGCAAUGGCUAGGGCCAGAAAUAGAAUCUCUCUCUUCCAUUUCCUAAUCUCUAGAAGUAAACCUAUAAAAUGUAGGCUCCUAGGUAGAGCUUCCAAGGGGGUCAGAAAUGGGGCAAAUACUAAUGGGCAAAAUCUGUCCUAAAGGCAGCAUGUAGCAUUAUGUAAAGUGUGCCUAGUGCUUGGCUACUGCUCUGUUUCUUGAGCUGUCUCUUCUCUCAGUCUUCACCUUUAGACUCAUUUAAUUACAGUGAGAAAGACUUUUCACUAUCAGGUAUUGAACCCUUGGCUUUUGCCCUGAGUUCCACUCCACCCUCCUUUUAAAUUGAGACUUUUUAUUCAGUAGGUCACCCAGCUUGGCUGAAACUUGCAAUCCUCCUGUCUCAGCUUCCCAGAUUGCUGGGAUUACUCAGAGACACUACAAUGAGAGAGUUAGUGUCACAUUUUCCUGCACCUUUUCUCUCCACCUUCAAUUCCUCUUAUAUAAUGUCACUUCUUCAAAAGGUUUUUAUUUGUCUAAAAUGUACCUAAUGAAAACUGUCUAGAAAUGCACAUCUGUACACACUCAUACAAAAUACACUUCAGGUUUAAAAAAAUGCUAUCUGCACUCCUGCACACCUUGUACACCCUUCCAGUAAAUACACCCUUACCUGCCAAAGGAUCAUUAUGGCAACUCCCACCUAGUCCAAAAUUGCCUACUUUUUGGAUGGAAUUUCCUGCGUGCUUCUGGGUUUGGCCUCUGAUUUCUUGGUUCCCAUUUUGGUUUCACUGGAUAUAAUAGUUCUUAGCUGUAGAUGACAGAAUCACUCUGGAUGGUUUAAGAAAAAGGAUAUAUUAAAAGGUUUUAGGAAGUUUACAUAAUCUCCACGAAAACAAGAUGCUGGACUCUAUUGCUGCAUAAUCUCAGCACAACUGGUGUCAGCAAACCCCAGUGAAAUUCCCAACCAUGUCAUGAGGUUGUUGUAGUAGAAUUACCAUGCUCACCAUUGCUGUCUGAGUGGCAGGUAUGUUACUAAAGACAAGGUGAUAGAAACUUCCAUGCUUGUU